GCUUUCCUUGUUGAAUUCCGACCAAAGUGUGUCGUUAUGACGAUGGACGAUGGUAACUCCGUCUACGUCGGCGGCCUCCCUUACGACAUCACCGAGGAGGCUGUCCGCCGUGUCUUCUCCAUUUACGGCACUGUUCUCACCGUUAAGAUUGUCAAUGACCGGAGUGUAAGAGGGAAAUGCUAUGGCUUUGUUACGUUUUCAAACCGUCGAUCGGCUGAUGAUGCUAUUGAAGACAUGGAUGGAAAAAGUAUUGGUGGGCGUGCAGUGCGUGUGAAUGAUGUGACAACAAGAGGUGGAAGAAUGAAUCCAGGUCCUGGGCGGUUACAACCACACGGUGGCUGGGAUAGAAGCCCCGAUAGGAGAAGUAAUGGUAAUUAUGACAGGGAUCGGUAUAGUGAUAGGUCCCGAGAACGGGAAAGGUCUCAGGAUAGGAGAAAGGAGCACCGCUACACAGAGAAGGAAAGAGCUUAUGAGCAUUCACAUGAUUUUGAGAGGAGGAAUGAUCAUGAUUUGCUAAAUAGAAAUAGUUACAAGGAAAGAGUUUUCGAAGGUGAUGAAGGAGAUUGGCGUGGGGAUAGGUCUUUUGGGGAUAAUGGUAGGGGAAUCAAUGGGACCACUGCUCACGAAGGAAGGGGCCAAGAAACAAAAAGAGACGAUAGUACCAUUCUUGAUGAUGGGCGUGGCAGAGAUCGCUUCUCUAAUUCAAGUGGAGAUCACAGUUUGCAGGUGAAAGAAGAUCUGGAAGCGCUGAUUAAGAUGCGUGAGGCACUUCAAGAUGAGGUGGUGGUGAUGGAAGAGAGAUUGGAUGAGAAAGAAGUAGUGUGCUCAGAGCUACAAAAAAAGUCUAAGAGAUUAGAAGAUUUGUUGAUCAAUGAAAAGAAAUUGGUUGCACAACGCCGAAAAGAAUUGGCAAAGCUACAUAAAUCAUUUUCAAGGGUUAGAGAGUGCACGGACAACCUGAAAGACUGUGAACAAGAACUCCAGUCGCUUGUUAAUUCAGCAGCUAGAGAAGGCGCGGCUGGUGCUGAUGAAGGACUGGGACACGGGUAUGCGUAACAAGGUCACCCGCAUGUAUGAUCUGUUCUGUCUAAAGUGUAGAUUUGAUAUGCCUUCUCUUUGUGACUUCACUGAGUUUUUUUUCAAGUCGAGCUACACGAAUUUGAUACAUAUCUGCUUAUGUUUUAGCAAAUAUGUAUUCAUUAUGUAUUAUUAUCAUACGAACAUGAACUAAAUAAUGUUUUCACGU